GAAGUCCACACACCUUAAAGUUGCCAAGUUUGAAAAACACUGCCCUAGUUGGACUGAGUCAGAACUGCUGAUGCAGGAGUAGGAAGCAAGCAAUAAAUCUCGCUCCUCAAACUUCUGUACCAACAGGAACAAGCUAGCUUGGAACAUUUUUUUUGAAAAACCCAGCUGUGAAUUUUGAAUUUUGAAUAAAAAAUACUGGAAAAUAUAACCUAGAAUUAGUAAGAACCUACAGGGGGUGCUACAUCCUUGGCAGCAGAUUGCCAGAGGAAAAAGGGUGUAGGGGGGAAAGGGAAAAAGAGAAAUACAGAAAAUAAAGAAAAUAUGAAACUUAUCUAUGAUGAUUGAAGUUUGGCAGGACAAUGACAGAUUUUGUUUAGAGUGGGAGGAAAAUAUACCUGCUGGAACAAGAAAGACCCUUAUGAAAAUCAACACUCAUCAAUGUUGUUAUUUCUGAUGAUUUUUUCUUUAAGUAAUUACAUGUGUAUGUGCGCCUGUAUGUUUUCCUUUGAAAUUUUUGAUUUUUUUCUUUCAGAUUUUAAUCAUUAACAAAAAAGAGCCCUUUAUGCACAUCAUCUUUAACUGCAGAACUGCACUUUGCCUCCCUCCACACAACCUACCCUUGAAAAUCAUAAUGCUGUUUUGUGUGUGUGUGUGUGUAUGUAUAAAUUCUGAACUUGAUACUAUAAUCAUAAUGUGAACGAGCCAGAAAAUCAACACAUAUUCUGUGUAACGUGGGUGGGAAAAAAGAUAAUAAAUGUAGUACAAUACAAUCAGAAAUCAACCCAGUUUUGUCAUUUUCCACCGGGAUUGUGAAGAGGUCCAUAGCUCAGGGCUGACUCAAAACAUUUUACUUGGGUCAAAAUAACACUGAAAACCUAUUGGGGUGGUGGCUGGAUCUCACUUCAGUUUUAAUUCUGCAAAGAGCUACGAGGUUGGGAUGCUGGAGAGAAGAAUCAGCCGGGAGAUUCUUCCAAUAAAAAGCCAACUACUCUAGCACUGUGGCAGAGCUCCUGCUUCUCACGCAGCAGUUUUUUGGGUUCAGACUUUGACCUAAAACUGACACCAAGAUCCCGAGUCCUGAUGUAUUUUGGUUCAGUUCAGUGGGUAGCGUGAAUCAAACCAAUUGAGAUUUAUAAAACAAGUUUUAUGGCCUUGUGUGUUACGCAACCAUCCAGUUAUGAUUUAUUUGACAAGUUAUGGCUGUGACUUAGCGUAAUGUUUGAGUCCAGUUUCUGUUCCUCUAUUGAUCAGGAGUCCACCUGAACUCCAUGGGACUUCACAUUGCAUUUAGAUGGAGCUGGGAGGUCCUGAAGGGGAGUUAGAACUUGACUGAAUGCCCAGCAUGACCUGGUGAAAGAAAGCAGACAGUGCUGCUUGAGUGUUCACAUUGGAUUACACCACAAGGGGAGAGAACAAUGAAGCACGACAGACCAGAAAGCAAUUUGGGUUUGGCUUUGCAGCCCCAUGGUGGUUUGAAGAUUGGAGAGCAACGCCUGGCCAAGAAAUGUGGUCAGAGUUCAGUGGUACCUACUGACCUCAAAGUACUUUUGCAGAUGUUUCCAGACCAUCCAGAACAAUAAACAGAUGAGUUGGCCCACAGAGGAACCUGGUUAACAAGAGGAAGUCUCUUUUACGCCCACAGAUUUAAAAAUAUCUGGAGAGAGAGAGAUAAAACUUUGGCAGAAGUGCAUUCUCGAGCAAAGGUUAGCCUGUGGGUGUUGCUUCAUCCCUUUUUAUGCAACAAAAUUGAGUUGUAACGCACAGUGCGGAAGGCCACACUGACCUCUGUCCUUGAUGAUUGCGUUAUGAAGUCCAGCACCCUCUUUCUCAUUAUAUUUUUGAGAAGCCUACAACUUUGUGUGUGUGUGUGUAAGUUGCAGUGCCCCUACCCUCUUAUAAUAUCCCCAUGGAUGGAUGCUUAGAGGUAUACUGCUUCUGAACAAAUGGUUCCAUUGCCAAAUAACCAUUGCUAAUAAGAACGUAAAGAGGAGGUCCACCAGGUUGGAUCAAAGUUUAGUCAAUCAACUUGCUUGAUGUCACGCCCAGCCAGAUCCUUUGGUUUUCAAGGAUUUUUCACGACUGGGUUUCUCUUUGGCAGGGAAAGUCCUUUUUUCCAAAUCUGAUGGGCUUCUAGGAAUGUAUGUCUUCAUAUUGAACUGUGCCAGGUGACAAAUCUUCACCCGCUGGGCUUACUAGCUUACAACACCGCACAAUUCCUUUUUCUACUUGCAAUUCCUUUUUCUACUCACGAAUACUCUGCCUGCUUCCAUAAUUCAUUGCCAAAAACACAAGCAUGAGACUAUCUUAGAUGAAUAUAAAACAAUUGUAGAGGGAGAUAAGUUCAUAAAUGGUUGAUCAGCACCAGUAGAACAUCUCAGUUUUAGAGGCAGACUACCGUUCACUGCUUUGUUCCCUUUAUUUGGAAUACAUUGAAAGAUACUUUAAACAUAAAUUGGUGGCAAAAUGGCAAAUCAAUAAACAUCCAGGGUGGCUUUUCAGCUUCUGGUCAGCUUCCAGAAGACAGCUGGCUAGUUCUUGUUGCAAGCAGAACGCUGGCCUGAAACAAUGGGACUCCUCUUUUGAUACCAAUGGAGUCUCCGUGUGCAGAAGUGGGAUCUCUCCCAAUAUUUAAUGCUGGGAAGAAACACCAUGAGUGUGAAGUUUACAGGCUUUGCUUGUAGGCUACUCGAGACACAGGGAACUAAGCCUUUUGCUCCUUGGAUCUUUAGGUAGAGCUCUGGGUUUUAAUUCUUGGCCACUGCCGGAGAGGGGAAAUGCAGAUUUUACUCUGAUCAGCCCCAAGAGAGGUUAAACUGUCCUUUGCGUCUGUGACUCAUGAAACAGUUACUUUAGCUCUACACUGGAUUACAGCUGACAUGAACUUUCUCCUCUUGAGGCCCAGCUGCAACAGAUCUUGAUCCCACCUACUGUUGUCCUUCCUGAUUCCCCUUAUAUAGAGAAGGCAUGGUCAACUCAAGCUUCUCAUUUGAGUGCUUGGACCUUUUAGUGCCUGUUUAUCUCCAUCUCUCUCCUCAGCCAUGCCAGUGGAUUUUAAUGGCACGUGGAAUUUUGUCCGGUCUGAGAAUUUUGAAAGCUAUAUGUUGGCUUUAGGUAUAGAUUUUGCAACUCGCAAGAUAGCAAAUCUGCUGAAGCCUCAGAAGGUCAUAAAACAGGAAGGAGAUUCCUUUUCUAUCAGCACAACAAGCACUUUUCGAAACUAUUUUGUCCAGUUCAAGAUUGGAGAGGAGUUUGAUGAAGAUAACAAAGGUUUGGACAACCGAAAAUGCACAAGUGUGGUUACUUGGGACAAUGAUAAAAUUGUCUGUGUCCAGAAUGGAGAGAAGAGGAACCGAGGCUGGACUCACUGGAUCGAAGGAGAUGAACUGUAUUUGGAACUCUGUUGCGAAGACCAAAUAAGCAGGCAAGUUUUCAAGCGAGGAUGAACCUCAAAUGGGACUUCUCGGAAGGAGAGCUGCCCGGGCCACCACCUUCGAGGCAUGCUUUCCCACAGCACCUCUUUUACUGCAAGUCAGCAGCGUGGGAACUUCAGCCCUUUCUCCAUUGCGUCUUUAUUGGAAAUGCCCGUGUGGAUUCCCGGAGCAAACAAAGCGGCUGUUACGAGGUCACUUCAUUAAACGUAUUGGCAAUGCA